AUGUCGGUGCUACUUCCGUCGUUCGUAUACAUCAGCGUCCUUAUCGUCGCCGGUAUUCCCGGAAACGUCAUCUCGCUGCUAGUGUACGGCCUCCAUCUGACGAAAGUCACGGGCCGCUACGCGCUUAUCACUCUUGCAGUCUGCGACAUUGUCAAUUGCGUACUCAGCAUCCCCGUCGAGCUUUACAUCAUUACCGAGUACUGGACCUUCGCGAACGCCUCCCUCUGUAAGAUGAGUCGCUUCAUGACAUACGCGAUGAACAACUCUUCCGGUCUGAUAUUGCUUAUGAUCGCCAUCGAGCGCUACAGGGCGAUUUGUUUGCCGCACAAAACAAAGAUUCAAGACUGGUUUAUUCAGAAAAUGUGCGUCUCUUUGGUUAUCGCGGGAACCUUUUUGGCACUUCCGGCGCUGAUCAUAUACGGGAUUCAGACUGACGUUGCUCACACUGUCGACGCCGACGACCAUAUUGAACUUCUUAAGUCUGACGUACAUACCCGUUCCCUGGGAAACUUCACAAUGACGUCAACAAACGUAGAUUACGUCAUUACUAAACGGUGUCUUAUCGACGACGCUUGGCGCGGCACGGCGUUCGCUUAUUCACAUUUCGCGUUUGUCUCCAUCGCGAGUGUUUUGGUGUUGCUGAUACUGAUUGUGUUGUACGCUCAAAUUGGACCUCCAUUGGCGCUUUCAACACUAGCGAUAACGGGUAACAGGAUAUUUGACAGAUGCACUUCUGAAAUGCCAGAGCGUUACACACACAACUCUUCACCCGCGGCGGAUGCGAUUAGAGCAGAAGAAAGUUCGCGAGUGAUCUGCAGACUUGAACUCGAUAUCCUUUAA